AUGUCCUUACCAACAACUGAACAUAAAAUUGUGACAACUGAUGAAGACUUACCAACAGCAAUUAUAAUAACUGAAGUUCCAUUGGAAGUUUUUGAUGAUGAAACAGAGAAACAACAUUUUACUAAUUUAUUUGAUGAAUUUCAACCUGAUAUUCAUUUUGAUUUUCUUCGUUCUUUUCAAAGACUUAGAAUAAUAUUUUCAUCUCCAGAACAUGCUACGGCUGCUUUGAUGUUAGUAAAACAUCAUAAUUAUAAAGGAAAACAAUUAAAAGCAUUUUUUGCUAGGAAUAUAAGAUUACAAGCAAAAACAUGUCAGGAUUCAUUUGGACAUUUACAAUUACCUACAAAUGAUAAAUUAUAUCUUAUUUCACCACCAGCAUCACCACCUUGUUUCUGGGAACAGACACGUGAAAUGGCUCCUGUUAUUUGUGAUAUAGAAUUAAUGUCAAAAUUAGCAGCAAUUUCAAUGGAAGAUGACUAUUCUGUUCAUGAGGGUGGUAUAGAAUGCCCCACAAUAAUUGUUUCACCAUGUAAAGAAAGCAAUACUGAUGAGGAAGUAUUUGGAUAUUCUCCAAAACUUCAAAUUGCUCAUACACCAAUGCCACCAAGAUGUACAUGA